AGCUGCUGUACCUGGAACAGGAUGAAGUGACCUGUACGGGCAAAGUGAUGGCCGGGAGAUUAGUGCCUGCAGUCAGGUGCCUGAGGUCCCACUCACCCUUGCUCAGUGAAAUCACCUCAGCCUCUUGUGACUACUGAUCUUACAAAAAUGAGGCCCCUUCCCCCCCCUUUAGAGCUAGACUGUACCCUGAGGCAUGAGUUUUGGGGUUCUGAGCAAAGGAUAUUGGUCAUCUUUUAAGGUAAAACAGGCAAAUAACUGUUAAAUAAGCAUCCUGCUUACAGUUAAGUUCCUGUAGACUACCUCUCUGCCCCCACGCCUCUUGCAGACGGAACCCUGUUUUGACAUUCGUCCUUUGCCUGUUCUUGUCAGUCUUCUAAAAUUGAAGACACAGGUCCCUGCAGUUCAAACUGUUAUGCAUCCUUAUUCCAUGGGGCACAUUCUCUUUUGGCAGCUGUGCUGGUCAGAGGCUGCGUGGCUGCUGUCCCUGCUGCCAAACCGCCUAGCUCUGGACAAGGCCAAAGGGGCAGAGCUUCGUCACCUCCUCUGGCUGUGCCUCAGACCCUCUGCAGCAUGCAGGAGCGUGUUCCCCCCGGCCCUGGUAGUCCAGGAUGCUUCCUGCAGCCUACCUGGAGCGGCAGCAGAGAGGCGAGGCUCUAAAUGUGCUCCCUGCCAAUCUUUGGCCAUUCCAGCAGGGCUGCAGUAGUGCAACGUGGAAGCCACGCUGAAGCAGUGGCUCUUACUCAGUGGAAGGCACAAGUACUGCUCUGGCCUUGCAAGAAGUUGAAAGAACCACCUAUUCCUAAGGGCCAACCCUCUGAAAAGCAUUGGUUUGCGGAGGAUUGGGGAGGGAAAGUGAAGAUAAUGCAGCUUUCUAAUAACACCACCUGUGGCACUGCAGCAUCCAUUUUAAGUGGAGAAGUACACCUAGACAGAGCCUAAACUAGGGUGUCAGCUGUGAUUGAGAACCACAUCGAUGAGCUUGAAAUAGCAGCAGUAGCUGGCUCACCUUCCUUGGGAAAUGCUUCCUUUUGACUGUUCCUUGGUUUGUUUUUAAGAGAACCCCCGCUCCCCGCUGCACUUCAUCUUGGCACGGUGGAGUAAUGCAGGCACAGGGGCACCAGCUGAGGCUGGCUUCUCAGGAAAGCCACUGACAAUGGCUACUUUCUUCUUUGCUUGACUGCCUUCUGCCUUUAAAGGCAAAGCUGCACCAGCCCUGACCAAACCUUAGUUCCAGAAGUGGGUGUUCAGCAUAGGCUGCUUCAUUUGUGUCUAUGGGAAAACAAAAGGAUUCCCAUUCCCUCUUGUUCCAAAUGGGAGAACAAGCAAAAGUAACCACUGAGGUGGUAGUCCCUGGGCUGGCAGAGGAAAAACCGUUCUCUUCUCACUAUUGCCUAGGCAGAACAUGGCCUGUACAGCUGCACCAUAUCAGCAUCCCCCAAGCAAACCAAAAAACGCCUGGGAUUCAAAGAAGGGAGUUAAGUUUGGGUCCUGGGUUUGGGAGUGGAGCAGCAUGAGGAAACGGGUCUGCCAUAUCGUGAGGCCUCGGGUACCCAGGAAGGACAGUACCUCCAGGCAACCUGGCCUAGAGUUGAGUCAGAGAGCGCAGGGGUGGCCCCACUGGCCUCUCCAAGAGGGAACAGAGGGCACUCAGAGCGGAUGGUGUGUGGUCAACUUAAAGGCAAAGAUGGACUAAAAUACUAAAACUGUUUCAAGCAGUUUCACAUUAAGAGCUACCUCAUCCAUCCUGACAUUUUGGGAAAUACAGGUUAUACACACAUAGUAGAAGGCCUUACCAGUGAGAAAAUGUAAAGCCAAGUAAAUUUAAAUUUAAAACACACACUCAGUACUGCUUGACCAAAACUACACAAUCAACCACAAAACACCAAUAAAACACAGACACACAACUUUGGAAAGAAGCUACUUCAGUAAAAUCUUUUAUGAAACAACUCAGGGUAAAAAUCUAGCUGUUGGGGAGGCCGGGAAAAUCCCCCUGCCUAGUGGCAGGCAGCAGGACUUGAAGGCCAACCAGCCUCGCCUGGAGACAAUUACUGUAUGGCACAAAACCACAGGAAUGAGGCAGCAGCCAUGUACUCUGCUCACAACUCACAGCUGUCACCCUUAGCUCUUCACACACAGGUUUCUUCCUAGUCAGGGUGGAGCAAAAGAUUCCACACUGAUGUACUAGAAAAUCAACACAGUUAACAUUUACAGUUAGACUCCUUCCCCGUGAGUAGAGACUGCAAAGCCAGACGGAGCUGGCCGGGCCACCGCCACUGCCACCGCCAAUGAAAAUGCCUUGGGAAAAGCCAAAAGUGCUUGCCGCUAAACACCAUUGUCAGCUAAAGGGAAAAAAAAAUCCCUUUUAAGGAAAGUAACUUCAAUAGGCUCCUUUUCUGCCAGGACCUCCAAUCCCUCUGAACAGAAGCCGAACCACAGACUGCCGCACGUAUGUCUGGGUCCUGGCUUUUCUUCCCUCACCCCUCCGCAGAGCUGCAGCACCAGUUGUUAGCCAAAAAUAAACACCAUUCCUCAACCAUAUAUGUCCACCGGCCCAAAGCCGGGGAGGAGGAGAGCAGGCAGGUCAGCCCGUCCCCUGGCUGCAGCUGCACUCACAUGUGGCCACUGCUCACCAUGCACAUAACCCAGCUCAACCGGGAGUGCCUGCUGCACCUCUUCUCCUUCCUAGACAAGGACAGCAGGAAGAGCCUCGCCAGGACCUGCUCCCAGCUCCACGACGUGUUUGAGGACCCCGCACUGUGGUCCCUGCUGCACUUCCGUUCCCUCACUGAACUCCAGAAGGACAACUUCCUCCUGGGCCCGGCCCUCCGCAGCCUCUCCAUCUGUUGGCACUCCAGCCGCGUGCAGGUGUGCAGCAUCGAGGACUGGCUCAAGAGUGCCUUCCAGAGAAGCAUCUGCAGCCGGCACGAGAGCCUGGUCAAUGAUUUCCUCCUCCAGGUGUGCGACAGGUGCCCCAACCUGGCGUCUGUCACGCUGUCGGGCUGCGGCCACGUCACCGACGACUGCCUAGCCCGCCUGCUGCGCUGCUGCCCACGCCUGCGCGCACUGCGCCUGGAGAACUGCGCGCGCGUCACCAACCGCACGCUGGCGGCCGUGGCGGCGGACGGGCGCGCGCUGCAGACAUUGCACGUGGACUUCUGCCGCAACGUGAGCGCGGCCGGCCUGCGCCACCUGCGCGCCGCGUGCCCGCGCCUAGCCCUGCGGGCAGAGCACAGCGCCGCCAUGCUGCCCGACCAGCCCCCGCGCCCGCGCGCGCCUGCCGCGGCCCUCGGCAAGCUUCUGCCGCGCUAGACGCCGCCCCGCUGCGGCCCCCGGGGAAGGAGCGCAGCCUCAGACCGUCCUGGCUGCGAACCCAGCUCUUCCACCUUGCAGACCACCACCGCAUCUUCUGAGCCUCAUUUUCCCUGUCUGCACAGUGGGAAUAAGAAAGCCUACCUCACGUUAAGAUUUUAUACAUAGGAUAAACCCAAGAUUAAAUGGAUGUUUGGAAAACA